UCCGGCUGGAUGCAGGAGUGGGCAACUUCCGGUAGCCCUGCUGAGAGAGAGUGGAGAGGAGAGGAGAGGCGAUUCCUGAAGUGCAAAGAGGUGGGUAAAAAAAGGAAAACAUGAUGGGUUUGACAAAGUUAGUUUUGUACCUAACUAUGUGUGGCAUUUAUGCUCUAAGUAAGCCCACUGAGAAGAAGGAUCGAGCCAUCCAUGACAAAGAGCUGAGUGAUAAGGUGCAUGAUGACGCGGAGAGCUUUGAUUAUGACCAUGAUGCUUUCCUUGGAGCUGAACAGGCAAAGACAUUUGAUCAGCUCACUCCUGAGGAGAGCAAGGAGAGACUUGGAAUGAUAGUAGAUAAAAUAGAUGAUGAUAAGGACGGAUUUGUGACGGAGGCAGAGCUGAAGGCUUGGAUAAAGCGGGCUCAGAAGAGGUACAUCUUCGAGAAUGUUGGGCGCCAAUGGCCAGAUUUCGACAGUAACCAGGAUGGGCUUGUCUCCUGGGAGGAGUACAGAAAUGUAACAUACGGCUACUACAUGGAGGAUGGUGAUACUGAUGACAGUUACAACUACAAACAAAUGAUGGCAAGAGAUGAGCGUCGAUUUAAAAGGGCUGACCAGAAUGCUGACUUGUUUGCUACAAAAGAAGAAUUCACUGCUUUCCUGCACCCAGAGGAAUAUGACCACAUGAAGGACAUUGUUGUGUUGGAAACCAUGGAAGAUAUUGAUAAAAAUGGAGAUGGCUUCAUUGAUCUGGACGAGUAUAUCGGUGAUAUGUACACUGCAGACAGUGAUGGCCACGAACCUGAGUGGGUGAAAACUGAGCGUGAGCAGUUCACAGAGUUCAGAGACCGCAACAAAGAUGGUAAAAUGGACAAAGAAGAAACCAAAGAUUGGAUCCUACCAGCUGACUAUGACCAUGCUGAGGCUGAAGCCCGCCAUCUCGUCUAUGAAUCUGAUGAAAACAAGGAUGGAAAACUCUCAAAAGAAGAAAUAGUAAACAAAUACGACUUAUUUGUGGGAAGCCAGGCCACAGACUUCGGGGAGGCCUUAGUAAGGCAUGAUGAGUUCUAAGUGUACGGAUAACCAUUGCAGAGAGAAGAAUCCAUUCCAUAAAGAAAGGAUAAUUUAUUUUUUACAAUAUACUGUUUUCACUCUUUACAUCCUUGGGCUGUCACAGAGUUUGACUUGGAAGCGGAGAGGGUGGGGGUUCCAAAGAAGCAGCCAUCCUGUCCCUAGAGAGCAAUGCGUAAUUAGAUGUUUACUUGCAAUAUAUCUGAAAACCACAUUUUAUAUGUUGUACUUCCCCUCCUUUGAUCAAAUAUUGUAGAAUUUUUAAUCUGAUAAUCCCAUGUAAAAUCUGUACAACUUCCAUGAAAUUCAACUUGGUUUCUAACAGUUCAGAACAAUUGUAAAGCGUAUUUUAAAGAGAUUUCCUGUUUCAUACCUGAAAAGUAAGAAGGGAUGAGGAGUGUACAACUGGCAUUUGAGUUGCUUACAGCAGCAUUGUUGCAAUGUAUGCAUCAGAGAACAUGAUGCCUUCGGUAAACUAUCUUGGCUAUCUUUUAGAUUUUGUUCUAAUGUUCAUCUUAUAAAGUACUGUCUUGGUGACAGUGGAAUUUGUCCCAUUUAUUAUGUGAAAUUAAUGGGCAGAAAAUGAGCUGUUUCACUAAAUCUAAAUGAAUGUGCUGACUUAAUACAUCCCAGGUGUCGUGUAACCUCCUGAGAAAGGCAAAAGCAUUUUGGCAGACUUUUCUCCAAAUUCCUUGGGUAUUGAAGUGUCUUAUAAUCUGUUUUCUACAAUGUGUCCUUUUUGUAUAUAGUACUGAGUACACAAUAGCAAUCAUUACAUUUAUCCCUCGGCUUUUCAGUGGCCUUGUGAUGCCAUAUAUUUUAACAGUAAGAUUCUAGAAUAAAAACAUUUUUAAUCCACUGGCAAAAUAUUUAUCUCUAGGAUAAGAAUAAGUGACCUAUUCUGCAGAUCAUAAGCUUUGAAGGCAUAUCUUGCAAUCUAAAUUUUUUCUCACAGUUAAUGUGCAAACCCAUUGUUAUAUUUACCACCAUCUUGUAUUUGAGACAAAAAUAUAUUUGGAGAAUAUAAAUAAUGUACUUCAAUAAGAUCCUUGCAGCUAUCCACUAAAUAAAUUCAGUAUUAUGUUUGUACAUACAAUGAAGUGCAUGUAGUUUGUGGAUAUUAAUACAUUGUGUGUAUAAAUGGACUGUGUGUCUUGUGCUGUACACUUGGAUUUAAAAAAACCCGACUGCAAGGACCAGCAAAUUGGCAGUAAUAACUGCUUUGAGAAACAAUCAAUUUUUGAUUCAUUCAUUGAACUGGAAAGAACAAAUGGCCUAAUCAUGGUGUUUGACCAGAUAGUUAACUCAUCCUUGACAAUAUGAUUUGUGUUCUUUGCCUCUGACUACACUGGUGUUCAGUGACACUGGUUUUGUUGCAAUUUAUAGUUUUGACGUGGAGAAUUAUUACAAAGUUCAUAAAUGAAGUGGGAAGGAGAUAUGAAGACGUGACUGGUUCAUUGUAGUUUUAUUUUGGUAUUGAAAGUCUAACUUGCUCCAAUCAUGCAGUGUAGUUAUUCUCAGGUACAGUAGUACAUUCUUAAUGUUUUAAGAAACUUGCUGUUUAAAGAUUGCACUGUAAUUAUGUAAAUCUUUUCUCAUUCCACUGUCUAAUUCAAAUUUAACAACAUCCUGGAUUAUUGUUUUCUCUUCCUGUCCCUAACCCACCACCUGUAUUCCGAUCAGUAUUUAGGAAGAAGCUAAAGGAGCAGCAUUUGUUAUAUCUUUUUCAAUAUUCUUCCUGCCUAAACACCACUUUCUCAUUGAGCUGUAGGCUUGCAUUUCUAGCUUUGAUUUGUAUUAUUCCUUGCAUUUGUGUUUAAAAGGAGUGCAGCCUGCAUUGAAUAGAGAUUUCUUCAUUAAGUAGUAAUAGCAUUUGUCCUCCGAAGCCCAGUUCUUAAAUCAACAAAGUGGCAAAAUCGCAGUAAUCAAGGUGAUACCAACAAGUGACCGUUCAGCUAAUUUGGGUUGUGUGGAUUGAGGAAUUGCAACAGUUGUGCAGUUGGUAAAUAUUUUGCUGCAUACUAGAUGUUGGCUUUUUGUUUCCUAGCCUCCAUUCCAGCUCCUAGUUCAAACAUCAAAAGAUGGUAUUGGGUUCUUUGCAAAGCACUAAGGGUGUGUCCCGCUGGUCAAUUAUCAUUCGCACUGAAUCUGUUGUGAAAUUAGAAGAGCAACUUGGCACUGUUAAUAGUGAUAAUCUUGGGGCAUCGCUGUCCCUUCCAUUUAAUGUAAAUGUUAUCAUCACCAUUUUAGUAUAUUUUAUUAAAUCUAUUUUCCAUUUUGCAGUUGCACACCAGACUAUAUUGUUUUCUGACCUUGCCUUCUCCCUGCAGGUGUUCAACCUGUAGAGGUAAAGAUUAAAAGGUCGUUGCCUCUACAGAAAUUGAAGGAAUAUAAAUGUUUCAAGAAUCCAGCGGUUAGAAAUGUGCAAUAUGAAGGUAUAAGCUAGAAUCUAAUGGAAAAUGUUGCUUUGAGAGAGUUGCAGGCUAACUGUCAAUGGAUAUUUGGAACUGCAAUGGUUAUCACGGUGCCAUUUUGCCUAGUGACUGAUGGCUUUUACAAACCCCUUGUGGCCCCCUUCCCUAGAAUCCUGAUUCCACUCGCCCUGCCUCCCUGCAAUGGAACAUAUCAGUGAUUAUGGGGGGUUUUUUGAAGUCAUUUCUUUUUUAAUUGAGUCAUUUCAUUUUGACACUAACAUUUUCAAAUCUUAAAUUCAAAUCGAGAUUUGUUCUUGUUUCUAAAAUGGGGAAGGUUGGUCAUAGUCCCUUCAUUAAUGCAACGUUUUGUUCAAUUGCAGCUUGAGGUAAAUUUGGUCUGUCCCGCUAGUUCCUGAAUCUUGAUUGGAAGCGUAGGAUUACCUAUUUUUAGAUAAUUCUGUUGUAUUUUAUUGGCCGAUUUUCAAAAGUGCAUUGAGGGGUUCUACUAACACUUUUGUUUAAAAGCAAGUGCUGUUCAAUCUGAUCAGUGUCAUGGCACCUCUCUCCCAGUGUGAGCAAUCCCUAAUUUGUUUUAUAAGACCAGAACAUUUAAGCUAAUGCUCUUUUAAAUGGUUUAGUGCAUGAUAUUUAUUAUUUUUGGAAAAUUGGAGCAUUAUUGGUAAAGUCUUAAUUCCUUUUCAUCCCUAAAUGAACUAUUGACUGAUUAGCUCAGCAUGGUAUUAAGAGAGCAGUCAAGACAUGGCCACAUUCUUAUUUACCUAGUCACCCAUCAAACCAGUACUAACUGCAAAAAGUGGUUCUUGGAAUAUUAAGUGUACUUGGAUUUUCAGACGUUGACCAAAACCCUGCAGUUUACAACUACAGAAUAAGAUUAAACCAUUUCAGUUUUGUGGAAGAUUUGUAAAAUGCUGGCUUCAUCUUAGAACAGGAGAUAUACAUUUGUAUAGAGGAUUUUGUGCAAAUUUUAAGCAAACCAAGAAUUCUAGUAGACGGAGGAUAUGUGCAUCCUAAUAAGGUGUAAAGCAGUUCAGCUUGAGAUUUUCUGCAAUUGUAAAGAGGUAAAUUUGGUCUGUCCUGCUAGUUCCUAAAUCUUGUAUCAGUGAACUAGGAAUUCUUUUAAGUUUAGAUAGUACCAGAUUCCAUUAUUAAUCGCUGUAUAUUCUGAAAAAAGGACUUUCAUUUUAAACAUUAACUGAGACUAUUCAAGUCACAAGUGACUUGAUGCCAUUUGAAUAAUGAUCAAACACUUGUGCCACAGUCGAUGCCAUGAUUACAUGAACAAGGUGUUCAAAAUUUUAAAAAACCUGAAGAACCAGUGCAAGAAAUGGGGAAAAACAGGUGAAAAAACAAGAUUGUUUAGUCUUAACUGGUUUGAAGUAUACUGCAGCAUAUGUGUUUUCAGAGUACACAUUUUGAGUUAUCAGUUCCUGCUGGCAACUGGUGUAUGUUUCUGUGAAUGAAACCAGUAAGAUCAUGUGACAAGAAUGACUUUAAUGGAUGCAGUACAUCAGAGGGAUAUUCAGCAUGUCUAGUAUAUUUUCACCUUAAAUUUUAUGCCCUGUGACCCUUGAUCUGAGUUGUUACUUGCAAUGUGCUUGAAGUUACACUAUCAACACUAGUACCUUUUAAUGUAAAAUGUUUGCUUCAAGUUGAAUUCUAAUCUUCAAUAAAAGUUUUUUAAGUAAAA